CUGAACGCUCUAAGCUGUCUUUUGAAGAUAUAAUUGGAAGUUGUCACUGUAUCACAAUGGGUUCUGUUUUCUGUCUUAUUCAUUUGAGGCAUUGAUUGUUCAAUUUUGACAUUUGUUUAACAUUAUUAGAAAAAUGGAGCCUCCUUUUUUUAAUAAAUCUAAAACUGGGGGAAACCCCUAUGAUAUUAAUGGUCAACAUUUCAAUCCAGAUAUGUAUUUACAAAAAUUAUUCAAAGACCAUUCUCUCAAAGAAGUCAUGGAGCAGGAAGAAACAAUAGUGAGAGAUACUCAGACAUUACAUUCCGAAAUGCAAACACUUGUGUAUGAGAAUUAUAAUAAAUUCAUCUCUGCUACUGAUACUAUCCGUAAGAUGAAAAGUGAUUUCAAACAGAUGGAAACAGAGAUGGACUUAUUGGGGCAAAAUAUGGAUUCUAUAACACUUUUUUCAGAUCAAAUUUCCCAAACAUUGCAAGAUACCAGGCAGCAGAUAUCCAAACUAUCUGGAAUUCAUAUUCUUCUGAAGAGAUUACAAUUUUUGUUCAAAUUACCCAAUAAACUAAAGAGCCUAUUAGAAGAGGGAAAUUAUAAACAGGCCAUCGAUGACUAUGUUCAUACCCAACAAGUGCUAAACCAUUAUGCACAUUUGGAGUCUUUCAAGGGAAUUCAAUACGACUGCUUAGAAAUUGUAGAAUUGCUCAAAGAAAAGUUAUAUUCUCAGUUUGAAAGCAAUACGGCAUCUACCAAAGAUGUCGCCGAAGGUGUAGAAUUGCUACUUCUGCUCAAUGAACCAGCAGAUACUCUUUAUCAGAAGUAUUUAGCUCAUGCUUCAUUAAGGUUAAAAAGCCAUUUAGAGAUUUUGGAAAAUUUGCUUGGAGAACGGGACCUUAUUGAAUUAGUCGACCUGGCCAACAAUAACUUUUUUAGUGAUUUUUGCUUAAUUGUUACAUCUUACAAAGAGAUUUUUCUUUCCGAAAGCAAAUCUUGGGAAAUAAGUGGGCAAAGUGAAUUAGACGAUUGGAUAACUGAAAAGAUGAAUAGCAUACUUACAUUAAUUGAGAGGAAAGCAUAUCAAGAAAACGAUACCCCAAUCCUUGUCAGAGGACUGGAUCGCCUUUGUACUACCCUGUCAGCCACUGCAUCUCUCUUUUCUUAUGACUUCACUAGGAGAGUUACCGAAAUAGGUGUGAAGUGUGGGGAGAGAGAAUGUAUGAAAAGAAAGGCGGACUUGAGUAGGCAGUUGGCAGACAGUUUAAUUGAAGCUCGACAUUCUCUAUCUGACCAACCUAGUGAAGCUUCGGAAUUACUUCAGACACUUGUCAUUCAAACUAUAGGUGCUGUUGAAACCCAUGUUGCUGAACUACAGGUCCUAAAAAAUGGAGAGAUAUCAUUCACAAGCGAUCGAACUUUGAGGGACUGCAUUGAAGGAUACCUGAGAGACAUUUUAGUCAUUGGCUUUUUAGAAGACAUGAUCAAUCUUGCUCAGACUUUUACAACAACUACUAUUUCUCUUCCAGCAUUACUAGUGCUUGCUAAAAUGUGUCUCGAGUUUUCUAAUAGCCAUAUACAUAAUCUGUUACGCCUAGUUGGAAAUACUACUCCUUCUGAAGAGGAAAGAUUAACUAAAGAAAUGCUUACUGUUGCUCAGAACCUAGGAAAUCAUUAUGUGAAAUUGCAAGGAAAUAUAAUUGGUCAGAUGAUUCGCAAAUCAGUAGAAACUAGGGAUUGGGCUCAUAGUUCUGAACCUCGAAAUGUCAGGGCUGUAAUGAGAAGAAUUUUAGAGGAACUGUCUGCUGCAGAGCCCAUUGCAUCUCUUUUUGAAGAUGGGCCAGUACAACCUCCAGGUUCAGGAUCUCGACAUCAUGCUCGAUCAGGUACUGGAGUUUCGUGGGCAGACCAUGGCUACACACACAAUCUGCAUAAGUUGUUCUCGGACAAAAUAGAAAUCUUUACAGCUAUUGAAUUUACUAAAACUUCUAUUCUCACUGGAAUUAUUAAAAUUAGUUUGAAGACUCUCCUUGAAUGUGUGAGAUUAAGAACAUUUAACAAGUACGGUUUUCAGCAAAUACAAGUUGACAUUCAUUUUCUGCAGCUCCAUUUGUGGAAAUUUAUUUCAGAUGAAAAGUUGCUCCAGUUCCUCUUGGGUGAAAUACUUGCAAGUGCAGAGCAACGUUGCCUGGAUCCAGUUCCUAUUGUUGAAAGUAUUGUAGAUAUUAUUUGUGAAAAAGAAAAAAAAAUUGAAAAAAAUCAGAAUAUCAAAUAAUUUUUAUAUUUAUUGUAUUUAUCCAAAAUUUAAAUAUUAUUUGUUUGGAAAAAAUAAAAAAAAUAUUUUGUAUUAACAGUUAAUUUAUUCAUUACAAAUCUAUAAAUUAUUUAGUACUGUGUUGAUCCUAUUCAGUUUAUUAUUAUUUUAAAUUUAUGGAUUACACCCAGAAGGCUUUUAUAAAAAAUGUUAUUGAUCUAUGGCCAAAAUCCUGCUCAUCAAAGGAGAAAAUUCACAACUUUAAUUUUAUAUUUAAUAAACAAAGCAAUAAUAAUAAUAAUGUACUGCAGCCACUCUGAACAAAUGCUCUCAGAGACCUAAGCAGCUAUUUCUUCAGUUAAAUUUAGAUAUCUAUUAGUAACUUUUAAUGCGUUCAUGGUAAACCAAGACAUGGUCCAGAGGUCAUUGGUAACUAAAAAAUUUCAACCAACUCUGUAGUUCAUCAAGGCUGAUAUAAGUAGCUCAAACAUUGUAUUAAGAACAAUCAAAAUUUCUUAUGAUAGGAGUCAAGGAAGAGAAAUGAGUAAUUGAUUUAUUUUUCAAGGGUGAAAUAAAGGCAGAGAUGAUAACAGUUAAAGAAAUAAAGGAUUUAGGUAUUUGUUCCAGAUUAAAAGUAAGUGAAAUUCCCUCCACAUAUCCUAUUAAAAAUAAUAUCAGGAAAUAAGGGAUAAUAGAAUCGAGGUCAUUAAAGACCAUGUCAGAGGUCAGAGGCAAGAGAAUUACCAUCCGAACAUUCUGGAAUCUGGUUAAAAAACAGCCAUUUAAAGUGAGGUGUCCUUAUCUAUAAAAAAAUUAUUAGCAAAGAUUACACAGAUGAUGUCUACUAAUUUCAACCAUGAUGACCAAAAAAUAUGAGUCCAAAUGGUUUACCUUAAAUAAAUUCUGACCGACCCGUGAACCACUUAUGUUUUAGUGAUAGUCAUAAAUAAAUGUACGAGUUUUGGUUAAAAAUGUAUAAAACUAGAAAGCUUUUAAAGUAAAUUUAAUUAUGUUAAAAUAAAAUAUCAGACAACUCAAAUCAACAGACAUGAUGCAUUUUCUAGAUUAUUAUUUGUUUACAGUGGCAUAAAACCUUUUCUGUCAUUCAUGUGGUACUUAUACAAGUAAAAAUACAUAAUUUUGAUGGACUACAGGAAAUAGAAUUGAAACAACACUAAACAAUGAACUAUAAUAUAAAAUAUUUAUUCUAUCAUAAAUAAACUGAAUAUAAUGUAUAAUCUAUAUAGUAUGAAAAUAUUUCUAAUUUAAUGAUGCUAAAAAGUUAUUUUAUACUGCAUAUAAAAGUAAAUAAUUUAUGAUACUAAGGCCCCCUCUAUAAACAUUACACAAAACUUAAAUGAUAAAAUACAAUUGUACAAAGUGUGUGAGCACAGAAAUUUUAAGGCACUUUACUAAAAUUUAUACUUUCUGGGGUGCAUUAAGGUCAUUAUUAAGUUGGGGUGUGUUCUGGACAUCAACUGGACUAGGUACAGUUUGAUCAAGAAAAUGUUUUUGGUCACUUGGUUCAAUGGUUUCAUUUUUGGCAUUAAGGUCAACCAUAGAUUUAUUGCGCUCUCUCCUAAGAAGAUCCAUUUGACGUUCGACCAUUUUCCUAUAGGCUUCUUCAUCAACUGCAAGUUGUGAAUGUUUUCGCAACUCUUCUUGGAAUGCUUCACUAGAUUCAGCGAACUUUCUUUUCUUGGCUUCGAAUUUUUCUUCAGUUUGUUGUAAUUCUGCCUCCAACUUUUUUUGAUGCAUAGUAAGUGAUUCAACUUGUCGAUUCAAAACUUGCAUCCUAGCUGUUGUAACGACAGAACGAACAUCAGGUACAAUAGAAUCAAAGAAAAUUUCAUUGAGAAGACGAUGGUUUCUUAAGUAUCGAGCAUAAGCAACAUGCUUAACAGAGAGUCCAUCGUCUUGGUCUUCUUCAUCUUCAGCAGGCUGUAUUUCAAUCCUUCUUUCAGCUUUUGUCCCAGAAUAACUAUCCCGCUCUUCCGCAGCUUGUUGGGAAGUUUGUCCUUUAUUUUUGGCUGCAAUAUAACUCAGGUAAGCUGGGGAAUUGUGAUAGGCUUUUAGUGUCUUCUCAUAUUCAAGUUUUUCAGCCUCAUAUUCAUUGACAUAAUCUGUUUUCUCAUCAUCAGGUAAGUCUCUCCACAUUUGGCCUAUAAUUUUUCCAAUCUGCCAUAAUUUCAGUUCUGGGUUUCUGGCCUUAACUUGGUCCCAUACUUUUCUAGAAUAUCUCAUGUAAGGCAUUAGUGGCUUUUCUGGGGGUUUGGGAGGUUUAAGAACUCCUGAUCCUUUCCCUACCUUUUGAGGCUGAAAAGUUGGGUGCCCAGUAGGUGUUGUAAUAAAAGGAGAUUGAUUGGCAUCUUUUGCACUAGAUCCUGCUCCAGUAGUUCUUAAUCUUUCUUUCAGAAUAUUAAAUGCCAUUGGAGAACCAGCUGUCAUGUACUGAUUUUGAACAGGCAUUCCACCCAUACUUAUCUGUUUAUAAUUUACUGGGAGCGACAUUUCGAAUUAUAUUUUACUAAGGUCCAAUUUUUUCUUAAAUAGCAGAUUCACAUUAACACAACAAACCAAAGUAAACAUGCAUACCAUCCAAGAGAAUAAUCAUUUACAAACAUAGUUUACUAACAUAAAAAAAGUAACCUCACAAACUUUAACCUCCGUCAUGAUUUAGCGGUCAAGAUUCUUGAAACAGUGGAAUAAUCAUAUAAAUAAAAUAAAUUAGAGAAGAGAAUAAGUAAUUAUAAUGAAUCCUUCAUUUCCCCUUUUAUCAUAAUUAAUUAUGAUAUGCUAUAACUGCGUUUUGAGUCAAGAAAUUACAUGCGUCGUAUAUACUGACGUGGUCACAUUUGUUUUCCUCAUCAUGAAUGUUCUAAUAUUAUAAAUUGUGUUUUUUUAUAUUUUUCGGGGUGCAAAAUAAGCGGAAAUGUUUUUUUAUCGUUUAUGUCAUUAUUUAUUAAAUCACACAGAUGUUCAAAUCAGCAUUUGUCAAAAUGGCGAUUUCUUAUCUCUGCUAGAUUACUAGUAUUGUACUUGUUUAUUCAAGUACCUAGUUAACCUGUUUUAAAUUGUGAUAUAACAACUUUUAUGAGUAAAAAAUUUCACCUCAAUAAUUUCAAUGUUUUCCCUACAACCACAUAAUCAGGCCUUAUUUUAUUUAUCUCAGCUUAGGACACCUAAACGAAACCAUUUAUCUAAGAAAAGUGUUUGUAAGGUUGAAGCAAAUUUGCAUCCUGAGAUCCUAUGUUCUGAAAGUUUUGAAAAGGCCUUAACUACAAUAAAGGAUUGUGGACUUCUUGACUCCUUUCCUACAGAUCUACAGCCGAAGAAAUGGAUUUUAGGAGAGAAAGUAACGUUAGUAACAAAAGGUGGCAUGCGUGUAAGAGCAGAAUUCCUUGGUUCCAAUCCUCAUCAUUCACCCUUUCAGCCAGGCAUUUCUCCAUUAUCAUUUAGAGUCCAAGUACGAAGUUUUAAGACUGAACGAUCGGUAAAUGCUGAACUAGAAAGAAGUCCGGGCCUGUUUCAACGCAUUAGACAAGCAGUUGGCUUAGAGAGGCAUCAAGUUAACAAACCCCAUGAACCACAAGUCUCGGCUGAUCAUGAUAAUGAUCCUGCCUAUCUCAAUAAUAUAUUGAAAUCUGAAACGUCAACUGUUGAAGAGAAAUUAAAGUUGGCUUUUGCUGAAGGCUAUAUGGCAGGUCAAGCUCAAGGCAAGAGUGGUGGAAGAAGAUGGUUAAAAGUAGCCCAACAGUUGCUCACGAUUGUCUUGGUUAUAUCAAUUUUCAUUUCACUUAUGGCUAGUGCAAAUGGAACUGUUUUCCGCAUACAAUUGGGUAAUCAAGUAGAAGUCGAUCCCGAAGAAAUACAUGUCACUUUUAAUGAUGUUAAAGGUGCUGAUGAAGCCAAGCAAGAACUGAAGGAUGUUGUGGAAUUUUUGAAGAAUCCAGAAAAAUUUUCAGCUUUAGGAGGGAAACUUCCCAAAGGAGUGCUAUUGGUUGGUCCUCCUGGAACUGGCAAAACACUUCUAGCUCGAGCCGUAGCUGGUGAAGCAGGUGUUCCCUUUUUUCACGCUGCCGGACCUGAAUUCGAUGAAAUUCUAGUUGGACAAGGAGCAAGAAGGGUUCGUGACUUGUUUAAGGCAGCAAAGGAUCGGGCUCCUUGUGUUAUUUUUAUUGAUGAGAUUGAUUCUGUAGGAGCUAAGAGGACAAAUUCAGUUCUUCACCCAUAUGCCAACCAAACCAUUAAUCAGCUUCUUUCAGAAAUGGAUGGUUUCCACCAGAAUGAUGGCGUUAUUGUACUGGGUGCAACAAACAGGAGAGAUGAUCUUGACAAGGCACUCCUCCGACCAGGAAGAUUCGAUGUUGAAGUUAUUGUUCCUACUCCAGAUCUUACGGGACGUAAAGAAAUUCUAUCUCUAUAUUUGAGUAGAGUAUUAACUAAGAGCAUUGAUGUGGAACUACUUGCUCGAGGAACGACUGGUUUUACCGGAGCAGAUCUUGAAAAUAUGGUAAACCAGGCUGCUCUGAAGGCUGCUAUAGAUGGUGCUGAUUCCGUCACUAUGAAAUACCUGGAAUCGGCUAGAGAUAAAGUUUUGAUGGGUCCUGAAAGGAAAUCUAGGAUACCUGAUGAAGAAACGAAUGAAAUAACUGCAUAUCAUGAAGGUGGUCAUACAUUGGUUGCUUUUUACACUAAAGAUAGCCCUCCACUACAUAAAGUUACUAUUAUCCCAAGAGGUCCUACACUCGGCCAUACUGCCUACAUGCCAGAAAAAGAAAGUUAUCACGUAACUAAAAAGCAAUUACUAGCAAUGAUGGAUACCAUGAUGGGAGGACGAGCUGCCGAAGAGCUAAUCUUUGGUGCGGAUAAAAUUACUUCAGGAGCUGCUAAUGAUCUGAAGCAAGCGACUGCUAUUGCAACCGCCAUGGUUAAAGAAUGGGGCAUGUCAGAAUCAUUAGGACUCAGAACUCAUGAUUCGAAUAGCAAAUCGUUAAUCAAUAUUAAUGAACUUUCACCUCAUACAGUAGAUCAAAUUGACUCAGAAAUAAGAAAAAUUAUGCAGGAUUCUUAUGAGCGAGCUAAAUCAAUUUUGAAAACCCAUCAGAAAGAGCAUAAGUUACUUGCAGAAGCCUUAUUGAAGUAUGAAACUUUAGCAGCAGAGGACAUCAAGGCUAUUCUUAGUGGAAAUGGUGGAGAUGGCAGGUUCAAACAAUGAUACAUUAGAGAGUCUCAAAAUUAUUGAAUCACUUUCCAAUCUUUUUUAACGCUUUGUUAUUUUAGCAAGAGAUUAAUUCACUGCAUAAUUGUACUUAAAACUUGAAGUUUUGUGAUUAAAUUGUAAGAACAUGAUUUCUUUACAGAGAUUUGAAAAAGUAACAUUCAGAGUUUGUGAAUGCUGUUUGUUUACAUAGUUUACAUAACAUUCCUUUGUAGUGUGGUGUUACUAGGUGUGUUUUUUUUCUUAAUUCAUUUGACUGGAAUUUCAUCCUUCAUACGUUUAUGUAUGAAUGAAAGUGACAUAACCAAUGCUCCACAUAUUUGUAUUUUAACAUAAUUUAUUGAGAAAAAAAAUUAUAACUCUUGUUUUAUUUUUAUUUGUAAAUAAAAGAAAACUUACAUGUAAAAAUAUACAUAAAAUUAAAAAUAUUUCUUAUGUAAUUUCCUGGACACAAUUAGGUGUUUUUAAAACUUUUUCAAAUCCUGUAAAGGUAGUGUAAGCUUUGUCCAGCUGAUAGAUCUUCCUUUUAAGCAGAUUUUUAAUUAAGGUAAAUUCAAUUGUCAAAUUUUGUUGACCUUGUGUAAUGACUAAUAUCUAGACAGCUAUUAAAAACUUUGGAGAAUGUGAGAUAUAUGCUCUGUCAAAUAAUCUAUUUUUGUCUAAAGAUUAGUAGUCUUAUCACAACAAAGUGUUUGUUAAAAAUUAAAUUUAUUAAACUAAUAUUUAAUAUAAUACUUAAUAUUUAUUAGUUAACUCACCUCAUCAUUCUUGUAUCAUUUGAUAAUUACUAGUUUUUAGUUAAGUAACUCAAGUCAUUUUCAUUUGGAUAUUCUUUUGAAACCAAAUUUCCUAUUUUCAUAUCAUCUUAAUUUUAGUUAGUGUAUAGGAUAACUUAUCAGCCCCUACUUAUUUCAGGCCAUUUUAUCUGUUUUGUAAUAUUAAAUAGAUAGGUUAUUUAUUUAUUUUAAUAAAUUGUAAAAAUUUUUUCAAUAAUGCCUACUCUGAUAUAAGGACGUAACCAUAUGUUUAGGUAUGUAGUGCUACAUUGCACCCAUCUUCAAUAUAAUCGAUGAAGACAGGUACUUUGUCCCAACUUUGAAUAUCCUCAAUUAUACCUAAGUACAUGGUGUUUUUGAUUUCUAUUUAUAAACUGCUUUCCUUAUUAUAAGAUAUUAUUUGUGUAUUAUCGAGUUAACGAUAACAUGCUUGUCUUAAGUGUGUAAUUUUUGUUUUAUAUAAUUACAAAAAUGGAAAGAACAGAGCUUGUUACUGAAUGUUGUUAUUCUUUUUUAACACUUGAAACUUGUAUAAAUGAAUUUUUCCGUCUGAAGGCAUCAACAUGUUAUUUCAUUAUUAACCAAUCAAUCUUAUUAAUUUAGAAAUCCCCUUCAUUAUCAUUACCAUUGCUGAACCUAUCAUUAGUCACUUGUCAUCCAUGAUCCAUUUUAAAUUUUUUUCAUGAAGAUCUCUUAGAAAUUGAAAAUUUUAAAAUAUUGAUUAUGAUCUGUAUAAGCUGUGUGUUGUGUAUUUUAGAUGAGUCAAUCUUCAAAAUGGUGUUAAUUUUUCCAGACUUAUGUUUUCUUCAGCAUGAGCCAAAUUUUCUAAAUUCAAAGUUCUGACUCCUCCUAGGUUGCUUAAGAUGAGUAUGCCCUUGAAGAGAAUAUCACAAUCUCAUAAAAAUGUUUCUUCCUACAUUUCAGCCAUUGUUUAGUACUUUAGUAAUUCAUAAUCCUUGUUAAAAUGCCGCACAAGCUGAGUGCAGAAGGGUUAUUAUUUAUGAAAAGGUGAAAAAUUAUUUCCGAAAAAUUUUUAUAUAUAUAUAAAAAUAUAUAUAUUUUAUAUAUAUAUAUAUAACUGCCAGUAUAUAAUGUUAAAUCAUACAAAGAACAAAUAUAAACUUUCACUUGUUCAAAAUUAACUCUGACUUAACAUUAACAUUCAACCAGCAGAAUUGAAUAUAUCCAUCAGAUAAUAGAAUGUAUUUUUGUUAUCAACUUAAAAUCUAUCAAACUAAUUAACUUAAAAUCUAUCAAAGGCAGUCUAGCACCUAAAUUGGAAUAAAACAUAACAAUGACAGGAGAGCAUCAAAAUAAAUUGAGGGCUACAUCUUUUAGGUUUAAUAAUAACAAAUAAGAUUAUACAAAACAAAAUUGAAUUUUAUUAGUUUUUUUGUUUUUUUACAAAAUUUUAAAGUGACAUUCUUAAGAAAAGUAUAGCCACCUAUGUGUAUAAAAAUAAAUCGCCUCAAAAUCCCCUGAAACAAAACAAACAAACAAAUUAGAAACGCUUGAAAUUAUACGUAAUUUAUUAGUUGUUUAUAUUAAUUUGUCAAUGAUGAUGAAUAAUGCUUGGCUGAAUGGAUAAUCAAGAUAUUGAUUCUUUGAGGGUUCAGCCCAAGUCCUCACUAAUACUAGAUCAGAUAGAUUGUUUGUAAGAUCAAAAUAGCAUUAGCAAAGUUUACUAAAGCCCGCUCCAACCGUGAUGCUUUGGCACGAAAUACUCAACCAAAAGAGAAUAAAAUAAAAUCAAUUAAAAUUAAAUAUAUUAAUAUGAUUGUUAUAUAAUGAUUCGCUUUUUUUCUGCAAACAAAAAAAUCACAAAAACUGAAGAUAUAAGAUUCACCAAAAGAUCUGAAUAUCAUACAGUUUUCUUCUCGACUAUAGUCCCACAGCAUACUUAAGAAUGUGUGCUUCACUAAUUAAGACAAGGCUCAAAUUUAUGUUUCAAUGUCUUACUGAAUUAAACUUACUUCCACUUGCUCUCCAUUGAAGAAGUUGGACAAAUAAAGUGUCAUUUUAAUAAAUCAAUACCUAAGCAUCAUCUCACAUUAACAUUAGUGUGGUGAGUGCUCAAGUAGAUAGAACAUUUUCCUCCAUUAAAAGACAUCACAACAAUUUCAAAAUAAAUAAAUAGAAGCCAGGAAUCAAUAUUGAUAGUUAUUUUAUUUAGUAUAGUUAUUAUUUUUUGUGUUUUAAUUCUAGAAUUUAUAUCUAAGAGUAAUACUGAAUCCAAGCCUGGAUGCGGGAUGUUCGUCCCAGGAGGAACUAAGAGUUCCUUGAUUGAGGACUAAGAGUUAAUCAAAAAUAUAUAUGUAUAUAUCAGCUUCUAGUUGAUAAAUUUUAGUAGCAGAAAUUUUUUAAAAUUUUACUUGUCUAUCAUAAAAAAUGAUGAAACAUCAGCAUUCUUUGGGAAAUUUUUUUAUUUUUGCCCAAUCAGAUGAUAGAUUUAUGGCUAUACAGUCCAGCAAUCACUAAUGUUUAAUGUAUGCUGUGCCAAAUGGAAAGUGUACGAUGGGUAUACGAAAGCAAAGAUGGGAUUGUGUUAAGGCUUGUGGGGAUACUGCCGGUAUGUAGGCAGCGAUUGGUGGUAUCGGUAUCGAACUUUCUGUUUUAAUAAGCCAAAGCAACUCUUUAUUUUUUAUCAUGUCUAUUUAUUUAUCUUUCUCUAUUUAAACAUGAUGUGAUAGACAGCGUAAUUGGGAUAGAUUAGAGGGACAGGGUACGCAAUUAUAUCUCGCUCCAGGUGCCAAAAACCCACGAGGCGGCCCUGUCCAUAUGAAAUCUAGUAUUACUCUAACUAUUCUUCCAAAGCACAUCUCAAAGCUCUAUCACAUGACAGGAAUUAGCAAGUUAAUUACAUGAAAAUGAAAUUAACUAUAGCAGUCAGAAAAUUAAAAUAAUGGUUUCUAAAUAUAAUAAUAAGCCUACAUGUAAUAACUAUUUUGAAGAAUAACAAAACAAUACAAAUGCUCAUUCUGAGUUACACUUCUUAUAUCAAAUGUUUUCCUUACUUUCUUCCUAAAAUAGAAAUAAAUGGCAAUGCUAGAGCAUCGAACUUUAAUAUUCUCAGUGAUACUUAUCUUCCCAAAUUGGAUAUGAGCACACUAUAGUUACUAAUAAUAAAUGAUGAUAAUGGGGUUGUUAUUCUUGAAAUAAUUAUUCAUAAAAAAUAAAUUUUAAGGAAGUGAAACUUACUUAGAAUGUUUGACGAUUUCCCAAUUACCUUCUACUUCUAAUUCAGGUGAUAUUUCAACACCUUCUUCGGUGACUGUUGCAAUUCGGAACUAUAAAAGAAAAUAAUAAGUGAGUAUUUAUAUAAAUAAAAUAGUUUGAAAUACUAAAACAUUCUUUUAAAAGCUGAAAAAGAUUCAUUGCCAAUGAAUCGGAACGUUAAUAUAUUAUUUGAAAAGUUGAUAAGUCACACUCACUCCUACCUUACAAGAGGUAAGUAGAACAAGUUAAGAUUUAUGUUUGUAUUUAACUGAUUCCUGGUAAGAUUCCCUCACAACUAAACAUAUUUUACUUAAAAGCCACUGAUUAAACCAUCAGUAGGGUCAAUGCCAUCUCUGGUAUUUAUUAUAUAGAUUAUGAAAAAAAAAUAUAAAUUAUUUAAACAAAUAAAAAUAAUACAGAAAUAGAAAAUAAAUAAACAUUACUGCCUAGAUCAAAAUGCAGCCUCUAAUGAUAAAAAAGUUCACUGCCUACUGAUAGCAUUUAAUGUUUGUGUUUUUAGAUUGCAUAAAAUAAAACAAUUAUAUUAAAGCAGAAUAACUUUAAUAUAAUUAUUUAUUUACGUUAAAUAAAUAUUUUAAAGUAUUAAAAAAAAAAUUAAAUAAAUACAAUAAAAAAGUAUUAACUCCAGUAGUUUCAGUCCACAGCCUGCCGAAAAAAAAAAUUAAAUAAAUACAAUAAAGCCAGUAGAAAUUGCUUAGCACUGUAGUAGAGGUAAAGCUCAUCACUCAAGAAGCGAAAAGGUUCAAUUUUAUUUUUAUUAAAACAAUUUGUAAAUGACCAGGGCCCAAAGUCAUAAAUAUUUACCUUAGGAAGUGAUUGUGUAUCUCUGUAGUACAAGAUUUCCAUACAUUUCUGAAGGGCAGCAUGGGCCUCUUGUUUAGUCAAAUUUCCUUUACCGCGUUCAAACACAUCCCUCAAGAGCGGAGUAGCGAGAUAUCCACCCAUACCAGUGGCUACACAACUAUCUUCAUAACUCAUACCUAGUUUGUCCACUAUUCCCAGGAAGCUGCAUAAAG